UGAAAAAAAAACGAGAAAAUAUCGUUUCCAACAGUGUUUUCAUCAGUACAUUGGAUCAGCCACUGCUACCAGAUUGUUAUUUUCAAAGUUGCACGCAUUUGUCUCAAUAGCUCACUGACACCGGCUGUCAUGAGACAUAACAGAUGGGCAGUGUGUAAAAGACAUUGUCUUUCUGUAGGAAUUUAACUGACUUUUAUCAUUUGUGCAAAAUUCCACAGAAAGAUUAUGAAUUUGUGCUAGUAGGCUGAAGCUCACUGCGUCGAUGUGAUUGUACAGGGAGAGGAGGAGAGAGAAGGAAACUCCCGAGUAGCCUACGUGGAGUCAGAAUUCUGAGAGCGUCAAUUGGACGAGCAGUUUUCCACAGGUUUGAAACGGGCGCACUAUUUCUUGGCAUUCUAUUUUGGAUGAAACACAUGCACGUAGUAGGCAUCGUGUUAGGAGCCUUUCGGACUUCAAGCCUAGCUCUUUGAUUUAACGUAUCAAUUGAACCAUGGAUGCUACGAUUUACCAAAUCAUCUUUGGGGAGUUUGGGGACCCAAACUGUAGUUUGAUGGAUGCCUUUCAAGACACUUUCUACGAAAACGCAUCGUUCUCUUUGAUGGAUUUUGACGGUUUGUAUUGCAAUGCCACAACUGAUGAGAUUGGAACAUGUUGGCCAAGGAGCAACACCGGACGGAUGAUGGAGAGACCCUGUCCAGAGUACAUCAACGGAGUAAAGUACAACACCACAAGGAGUGCUUACAGAGAAUGCAUGGAUAAUGGAACGUGGGCUCUGAAGAGCAACUACUCCAGUUGUGAACCCAUUUUGGAGGAAAAGAGGAAAUAUCCAAUGCACUAUAAGAUUGCUCUGAUCAUCAACUACCUAGGCCACUGUAUUUCUGUGGGAGCUCUUGUCAUAGCCUUCAUUCUCUUCUUAUGCUUAAGGAGCAUAAGAUGCCUUCGAAACAUAAUCCACUGGAACUUGAUAACAACCUUCAUUUUGAGGAAUGUUAUGUGGUUCCUACUUCAGUUGAUUGAUCACAACAUACAUGAGAGCAAUGAGCCUUGGUGUCGUCUUAUAACGACUAUAUAUAACUAUUUUGUGGUGACCAAUUUUUUCUGGAUGUUUGUUGAAGGAUGCUACCUUCACACAGCCAUUGUGAUGACUUAUUCAACGGACAAGCUAAAGAAAUGGGUCUUCUUGUUCAUUGGCUGGUGCAUUCCAUGUCCUAUAAUUGUUGCUUGGGCUAUUGGGAAGCUUUACAAUGAAAAUGAACAAUGCUGGUUUGGGAAAGAACCUGGAAAGUAUAUUGACUACAUUUAUCAAGGACCGGUCAUCCUUGUUCUUUUGAUAAACUUCGUUUUCCUCUUCAACAUAGUAAGAAUUCUCAUGACCAAGCUGAGAGCUUCUACCACAUCAGAAACCAUACAGUACAGAAAAGCGGUCAAAGCGACAUUAGUGUUACUGCCUCUGCUGGGGAUCACAUACAUGCUAUUUUUUGUUAAUCCCGGAGAGGACGACAUCUCGCAAAUAGUUUUUAUUUAUUUCAAUUCAUUUCUACAAUCAUUUCAGGGGUUCUUUGUUUCUGUAUUCUACUGCUUUCUAAAUGGCGAAGUGCGCUCAGCCACUAGGAAAAGAUGGCAUCGUUGGCAGGACAACCAUGCCCUGAGAGUGCAUGUGGCACGUGCCAUGUCCAUCCCAACCUCACCCACCAGGAUCAGCUUCCACAGUAUAAAACAGACCACAGCUGUUUGACCUGGAUCGCCAAGUUCAAAGGUCACCUUUGGAAACGUCCCUUUUCUAGGGAAGACACUCGUCUUAAGGCAUCUCUCCAUAAAUGUUGUCCAUUUGCUUUAUUUAUUUUCCCCUCUGCAUGAAGACAGAGACAGAGCACUUUGAGAAAGAGACCAGUAGGAUUUCCAGAUUGUAAUACUGUAACAUGACGUCCUAGGACGUCACACAGAAGUCAGGACCAUUCAAAACAGAUGGGCAAGGUUGCCUCUCCAAAUGAACAUUGUGAAGUAAUUGCAGAGUCUAAGUUGUACUGUCAUUGCAUCAAGAGCUGUUAUCAUACUAUAGUAUACCAGGUUAUAUUUUAAAUGGUCAGGAAGGUUGACCUUUCAAGGCCCCGUGCUGAAUGCUGAUGAGGCAAAGCAAAAGCAGUGUUAGUGUCAAAAGAGACCCUAAUCACUGCCAGUACUGUACUGUACUAGUGGUAUUUAUAUCCAUAACCCUUCAUUAUUUCGUAUAUCUAUGAGAAGGCAGACAUAAUUUAAGCAGGAUUGUGCUUUAACAGUGCGGGCACGAGAUGCAAUUGCAUUCUGUGUCUGUUGCACACCAAGUUUGAGAUGAGAUUAGAGGGAUGUAAUUAUACUGUUAAAUAAGGAAGUGAUACCAUUUGGUUUGUCAUCAGCACCACUUUUAUGAGCUGUCAAAAUGUCACCCUAAGAGCUUUUCAUUUGUAUAAAUGUUUUCAGGCUAAUUUAUUUUCAGAUUGUUCCCUGCCAAUCACUCUCAAACACAGCAUAACGUCAAUGAUGUGUUUUUCUCACUUCUGUAUAAAAACCCCUAAGGCUACUCUAAAUAAAUCAAAGCGAUCUUUCACUGGGUUCGAGUUCAGAUUAUAUCCAUUAUCUAAUGCAAAUAAUGGAGAUGGGACUGUGAUUCAGAUACAUUUAUAUGACACUUAUUUCAAAAACUUAACACAGACUAUUUUAGUGUCGCAGACCCUUAUUUCAGUCCGCAUAAUGCCACAGCUGUCCCAAGUCAAGAUACACUUUAAGGUACAGUACAUUAAAUCCUUUCAAUGUAUUAAAAUGAUUUUAUUAUUUUCUCUAUUUCAAAUCCCAAUGUGCUGCACUUAAUCAUUGUCAAUGCUAAGCUGUUGUGUCCAGGAGCCAGAGAGAGAUAGAGCCUGAUGAGUUAGAGUUCCAUUUGACUUCCUUAAUGCUUUGCCCUGCUCAGGUCAACAUGCCAAGCCCUGCCCCGGUAGUGACUGACCGACCAUCUGACCUGCAUCCUCCUCUCUCUCCAGGCCCAUUGCAGUGUCAUACAAGUUCCAGGCACUUAGGCAAGCCUGGUUAUUCAAGCUUCAGUAAGCAGUUCUGGGAAAUAGAACAGUGGAACCCAUGCACUCAUGGAAUUAACUUGGGAUUUGGAAUUGUAGAAAUUGUGUAAAUAGAUGGCAUGUUGGGGACAAACUCACUAAUCUGGUGUGGAGGUAUUUCUCUGAUUUGGGUUCAAAAGCAAACUUCUUUGGUAUCAAUGAUACAUGCUUGUUACCUGACUAGUUGCCAUGGAGAUAAUGAUUAUGGCAACAAUCUUUCUCAUUAUUUUUGUUACUUUUGGAGUAGUAAGGAAGACCGCUCCAAUAAAACAAUAUCACAUCUGUUGAGGUUUGCUGUUGUGAAAAGGGCUUAGAUAUGGCUCAGUGACUACAUCAGAAGUAAUUAUUGCUUUACACAUUCUCAUGCAAUUGAAAUUGUACCCUAACCAGAUUUAUGUUGUACAAAAGUGAAUAAAAAUGACUUGACAAA